UGAACCAUCGCCAGGUGUGCUAUGAGAAAUUUGUUUAACACAUUUUGCUUUCUUGGAAGCCACUGGUGAAUGCCCAGCCUCUCUUUAUUUACAUGCUUUUUAGAGGAAAAAAGGGUGCACUUUCUAAUUUCUUAGGGUCGUUUUAUAGUCGGUUGGCCAUAAAAUCUGUCAUGUAUAGGCUCUAAUGUUCCGUCAGAUUGUGGGCGGAGUCUGUGUGACGUCAGGACGCAUAGAGCAGCUCGGUUGGACGGAUAGAAAGACAGCUGAAAUGAAGAGCGAGCGCUGUGAUGUGCAGGAGAGUGUGUGUGUAUGCAAGUGGAUAUAAUAUCACAUAUCUGUCCCUGUCACUCUGGCUCUCCUUGUAGCGCUCGGCUGAAACCGAGAUAUCUUUUACCCAUUUGAAACGAAAAAAAAAAACUCUCUUUUAACUCUCUUCAAAACUGGGUUUAUUUUAUUACGAUAAAAGCCGUUUGAGGAGUAUCGCUUUGAGUGGUUUAAGUGAGAAAGGAGCACUGACAACGCUUGCCGAUACUUCACUACUGGACACAUUCAUUUAUUUUAUUUAUUUAUUCAUUUUUAUAUUUGUGACCUUCGCUGAGGAAGUUACAUCUGCUUGCGAACCCUCCGCAAAUCGCUUGUGUUAUCCAUGACCUCUAUGAAGGAUCCGUUGAGUUUGGACCACCAUCACCACGUUACCGGGAGUAAACACACGCCGCUUACGAUGGCCUCUAGUCUGCAACCGCUCCAGCGGUCUGUGGACUCGAAACACAAGCUGGAGGUACACACGGUUUCAGACACCUCCAGUCCAGAGUCCGUAGAGAAAGAGAAGGGACAGAGUAAAAACGAAGAUUCGACUGAUGACCCAUCGAAAAAGAAGAGACAGAGGCGGCAACGAACGCAUUUUACUAGCCAACAGCUCCAGGAACUGGAGGCCACUUUUCAGCGGAAUCGCUAUCCGGACAUGUCCACUAGAGAGGAAAUCGCUGUUUGGACUAAUUUAACAGAGGCCAGAGUCAGAGUGUGGUUCAAGAAUCGACGGGCAAAAUGGAGAAAAAGGGAGAGGAACCAACAAUCAGAGCUGUGUAAAAACGGUUUCGGCCCUCAAUUCAACGGACUUAUGCAGCCCUACGAUGACAUGUAUCCCAGCUACACGUACAACAACUGGGCUGCAAAGGGGCUCACGUCGGCCUCUCUGUCAACCAAAAGCUUCCCCUUUUUCAAUUCCAUGAACGUCAAUCCGCUGUCGUCUCAGACCAUGUUCUCCCCACCUAACUCCAUCUCUUCAAUGAGCAUGUCCUCCAGUAUGGUUCCGUCUGCGGUCACCGGCGUACACGGAUCAAGUUUAAACAGCCUCAAUAACUUGAAUAACCUCAGCAACCCCUCUCUAAAUUCGGGGGUUCCCACGCCGACGUGCCCUUACGCCCCACCGACACCUCCGUAUGUUUACCGGGACACUUGUAACUCCAGUCUUGCCAGUCUGAGACUGAAAGCCAAGCAGCACUCGAGUUUUGGAUACGCCAGCGUGCAGAAUCCGGUCUCCAAUCUUAGCGCCUGCCAGUACGCAGUGGAUAGACCGGUGUAAGAGACGAUUGUAGAAUUUACAAUCCCGAAUCCCAGGAACAAGAGACUACACUUUUUGUUUCAAGGGCACUAGAAGAAUAAACCACUGAAACGCGUCCAAUCCUGUGAUGGAAUGUCCAGCGGGAACGGAAGGCAAACGCGCCAUUUCUAAUAAGAUUAGUUCUCUACACUAGCAAGUGCACACAAUCCAGUCAAGAGUUUAGGACACCAGAAUAUUUAAAAAA